AUGGCCGACCAGGAAGUGGAUUUGGACUCAAUCAUUGAUCGCCUCUUGGAGGUGAGGGGUAGCCGCCCUGGAAAACAGGUUCAGCUGCUCGAGUCGGAGAUCCGUUUCCUCUGCACUAAGGCCCGUGAGAUCUUCAUCUCUCAGCCCAUUCUUCUCGAGUUGGAAGCGCCCAUCAAGGCCAACUACCUUUUCCUCGGUGAUUACGUCGAUCGUGGCAAGCAGUCGCUCGAGACUAUCUGCCUUCUCCUUGCGUACAAGAUCAAGUACCCCGAGAACUUCUUCAUUCUGCGUGGAAACCACGAGUGUGCCUCGAUCAACCGUAUCUAUGGUUUCUACGACGAGUGCAAGCGCCGAUACAACAUCAAGCUCUGGAAGACUUUCACCGAUUGCUUCAACUGCCUCCCUAUUGCCGCUAUCAUUGAUGAGAAGAUCUUCACCAUGCACGGUGGUUUGAGCCCCGAUCUCAACUCGAUGGAGCAGAUCCGCCGUGUCAUGCGCCCUACUGAUAUUCCCGACUGCGGCCUCCUUUGCGAUCUCCUGUGGUCCGACCCCGAUAAGGAUAUCACCGGCUGGAGCGAAAACGACCGUGGUGUUUCAUUCACAUUCGGCCCCGAUGUGGUUUCGCGCUUCCUUCAAAAACACGAUAUGGAUCUGAUCUGCCGUGCACACCAAGUUGUUGAGGAUGGAUACGAAUUCUUCUCCAAGCGCCAAUUGGUCACGCUAUUCAGUGCGCCCAACUACUGUGGCGAAUUCGAUAAUGCCGGUGCAAUGAUGAGCGUGGACGAGAGUCUGCUCUGCUCCUUCCAGAUCUUGAAACCAGCCGAGAAAAAGCAAAAGUACGUUUACGGUGGCAUGAGCGCCGGCGGUCCCGUCACUCCUCCGCGAAAGCAAAAGAAGAAAUAA